AAGCUAACUGUGCUAACGGCGCUACUCUCCGGUGUUUUAUCACAGUUUAACCGGAGCAGCGCCCGUAAAAGUGUCCACACACAGGGGGAGCGGUACAAACGAGCCAUACAGAGCCGUAUCACCGGGGUUUGGGCUUUAAAAGGAGCCGGGAGUGUUGGUAAAAGCCGAAAUGAACCACAAAAGUAAGAAGCGGAUCAAAGAAGCCAAGAAGAGCGCCAGGCCCGAGCUCAAGGACUCCGCGGACUGGAUCAAACACGGGUACCACGACAGCUUCGACCUGUCGCAUCGGAGCGUGAAGGACAAUGUGGAGCGAGUUGACGCGUCGCGCCUGUCCCCAGAGGAGUUCAUCUUGAGGUUCGAACGGCCAUAUAAACCCGUAGUACUGCUGAACUGUCAGGAGGCAUGGCCCGCCAAAGAGAAGUGGACUCUGGAACGUCUCAAACGAAAAUACCGCAACCAGAAGUUCAAAUGUGGUGAGGACAACGACGGCUACUCUGUGAAGAUGAAAAUGAAGUACUACGUAGAGUACCUGGAGAGCACGCGAGACGACAGCCCGCUCUACAUCUUCGACAGCAGCUAUGGAGAACAUGCCAAGAGGAGGAAGCUACUCGACGAUUACACUGUCCCGGUGUUCUUCACCGAUGAUCUGUUCCAGUUUGCAGGGGAGAAACGAAGACCGCCAUACAGGUGGUUUGUGAUGGGUCCUUCUCGCUCGGGAACUGGGAUCCACAUUGAUCCUUUGGGAACGUCAGCCUGGAACGCUCUAGUGCAGGGACACAAGCGCUGGUGUCUGUUCCCAACGCAUACGCCGCGAGAGCUGAUCAAAGUGACGCGCGACGAUGGAGGGAAUCAACAGGAUGAAGCCAUCACCUGGUUCAAUGUCAUCUACCCCCGAACGCAAGAGCCAACAUGGCCACCCGAGUUCAGACCAUUGGAGAUCCUGCAGAAGCCCGGGGAGACCGUAUUUGUGCCAGGUGGGUGGUGGCAUGUGGUGCUAAACUUGGACACUACGAUCGCUGUAACGCAGAAUUUUGCGAGCUCUACAAACUUCCCCAUCGUUUGGCACAAAACUGUCAGAGGCCGACCCAAACUGUCCCGAAAGUGGUACAGGAUCCUUAAACAGGAGCGUCCAGACUUGGCAGCUCUCGCAGACAGAGUGGAUCUUCAAGAGUCAACAGGAAUCGCCUCAGACAGCUCCAGCGACUCCUCAUCUUCCUCCUCCUCAUCCUCAGACUCCGACACGGAUGGUGGCUCAGGCUCAGAGAGUGAGUCCAUGUCUCACAGACGGAAAAAGCGCCGCACCUGCAGCUCCAUGGCCAACGGAGACAACUGCCUCCAGGACGACUGUGUGAGCAAAGAACGCUCCUCCUCACGGUGACCAUGCCCACAAAUACAUCUGAC